CUCGGUAUUAACAUGCUGCAGGAGCCACAGACACUGGAUUUAAACAGCAUUGGCUCUGUGGCUUGUAUCAGCCAUUAAUAGAUAGCAUAGCCCCGUUUUUAUUAUUGAGUACAGAUACAUGUGUUUGCUCCUGACAUCACACAGAAUAAAGAUCCUCACCCAGGGUCUAGCCAGGAUUUUUAGAACUAGGCCACCGAUGUCCUGAAUCCUUUACUGAGGCCAUAAAGCCAAGGUGCACCCACUCCCCCCACUGGUGGAGGAAAAACGCUGCAAAAGUACCCUCUUGGAUGCCCCUGCGGGAGAUUAAACAUGCGCUAUGAUGCCCUUCCAGUGGACAAAACGUGGUGAAGUGCCCUCUAUGAUGCUAAUCCUAACCCUGAAUAAGCUGUUUCAUCACAAAUGCAUCACAACUUUCAGCAGGCUGGUGCCCUUUUCAUUCUUUUCACCCCCGACCCUGGAACCGCCUCCACGACUGCUUCCCCCCUUAGAAAAUUGCAUGGACACAAAAAAAAUCAUUAUAAUCAACUUAAAAAUGUAAAUGUUGAAGUAAAACUAAAAAUUUAAGAAACUUUUUGUUGGAGAGUAUUUUAUGUUAUACGUUUAUACUUAAAAAUCCCCUCCAGACAUGAUUAAAGACUCAUCUUUGAAAAGUAAUUUGUCAGAUUUUUGACGAAAAGCACAACUACCCCUUCUCCCCCCAAAAAAGGAAGAAAAGAAACUAUGCAUAUUUCAUAAAUGCAAUGUUUUUCAUCUCAAAGAUACAAACUCAGAUUUAAGCAUUAAACAUUAACUCCAUCCUGCAGCUCUCUGACUCCAGAGCUCCCAUCUCUACACCUGCUGGUCUGAGGGGAACAGAUUGACAUAUCAGAUAGCAAACAGUUUACUCAAACUACACACCUCAAUGUGUAAGGGGCUCUCCUCUCUGCCCUCCUCAUGCCUGGAGAAGGCAAAGGAGAUGCGGGUGAAGUUUAGCCAUCUGGCUGAGACGCACCACAAGCACAAGGUUCAGGAUGGAAAAGCUUUUCAGGACUUGGAAACUCUGCUAAACAACAAAAGUGCUCUGCAGGCAUUUCGUGGGUUCCUGCGUUCAGAGUUCAGUGAGGAGAACCUCAAGUUCUGGCUGGCCUGUGAGGAGUACAGGGUUUCUCCUUCAAAGACCAAGGCCAGUAGCAUCUACAGCCAGUUUAUCAACCCUGACGCCCCGCAGGAGGUAAACUUGGACGCUGAGACCCGGGAGGCUCUGUUAAAUCUGAUGGACUCUCUGUGUGCCGACACGUUCAACAAGGCACAGCAGGGGAUCUACAGUUUGAUGGCCAAAGACUCCUUCCCCAGGUUCCUGCGCUCUGCUCACUGCAUGGAGACCAUUAGGGCUUUCUAAACACACACACUUUAUUACCACAGGCCUGCUUUAGAAAUCAGUGCUGAUGACUCUGUGCUUAGCAUGUUGAUUGUGUUUUACGAAUUAUUUUAACAACUAGCUUGUUUUGUGAUUGUUUUUGGUCGUGCUGUCCAUGUGCACUGUAUGAUGAUGCAUGCUGUUGUUGUUGUUGUUAAGACACUGAGUUGUUAAAAGUGUCACAUAGAAACCUCAAUUAUGAAGAUUAAAUGUAGAUUCAACUACAUUGCACUUCUGGACUGCAUAAGCUACAAGGGAUUUAAAUAAAUGCCUCAUAAAAGAGAACUCAGUAUGUGGUAUUUAAUGACAUCUGUAUCUUUUUUUACAUACACAUGAUUGUAUAUUAACUCUUAUUAUUUCAUAUAGAAGUUUGCCACACUCGGUCACAGGCUGCUUGAGAGUGUAUGUUGACUUGACAUUAAAACAGUUCAAACAGUGUUAAGUCUUAUCACGGCCACCUUGCUGUCACACUGCUGGUCUGUUUCUAAGUCGGUGGGAAAAUUCAGGUCCACUUUCUUUGACAGUGUUUAUUAAAGACAAACAACCCGGGUCACGCCUCAGCUAAACGGCUUCACCUUGGCUUUUUAGUCCAAUAUAUUAGAGGCUUACUUUAAAGCAUGGUGCAAGAGUGCAUCACCAUGGUAACCUACAGUAGGCUGCCUAGUUACACUGCUCUUGUUCUUGCUGUUCGGCUAUUUGAAUUCAAUUCAUCCAUUAAAGGAUAACUGUACACAGGUUUUACAAAAUAGUUGAACAAAGUGUUUUGUGGCUUCAGAGGGAGCUGCGUGAAGUGUGAUCAACCGCCUCAAGUGAUGUCACUUAAGUCAACGUCAGUUAGACCACAAAUUUGAAAAUGAAAAAAAAGAGUUUAAGGGAAGUUACGCCCUGCUGUAAACCUGAAUCUCUGAUCGAACUGUCAUUGGUCAAGUUGUAUUGUGGGUAAUGAAGGCAAAAUGUGUGAAAUAAAAAGCAAGGUCCCUCUGGUUCUGCUGUGUCGAUUUGUAUCUUUUUCUAAUCUGACGCAACAGGAGUCCCACAGCAACUCUCCUACAGUACUCUUGUUACAACACCACACUUGGUCUGACUAUUGCA